AUGGUCAUAUGUCAUAGAUUGAUUACCUAUUUUAAGUUCUUUGUAAGUGCACACCUGUUGUCUGCUAGCGUUGUUUCGGGCAGUGUAGAGAAGGCUGAACAAAAUGCGUUUACUUUACAAUUCGACAACAGGAACAUACACUUCAACAAGAGCGCACUAACAAGGUCAGAAGUGAUUUUAUGUUCAUUCAAGUUAAAAAAAGCAACAAACUAACUAACAAAUGUGUAUUUCAAAAAUAAAUGUUUUAUUGAAAUUUUUAUAAAGAUAAACCACUGACCAUUUUCAACGUUAAAUAGCUAUGAUUUAACUGUAAAAAGUUUCAAUUGUCAAACCUUAUCACUACAUCCUGCUGUGAACAUUAUUCUUAAUAUGUAUCUUAUACUUAAUUUAUUUGGAAAUAUCUGUCUUUAAAAAAAAACAAUUUGACCCCUUUAAUGUUCUACUAACAACGUUGAAAUAAGUUCAAAUUACUAUAUUCACAUGUAAUUUUUUUUUUAUAAAAGUAAUUUUUAGAAAAUGUUUCUUGUUUUUUUUUAUUUCCAGUUUUCUGGACUGUCUAGCUGGCAAGGACACAACACCUUGCGAAGCAACAACGCUGCCAUCUAAUACAUCAGAAUUUUGGGUGGAAAAAAAUGAUAAAAAAAAUAAUGGGAAAUAUAUAACAGACGCCAUACAAGUGCUUUGUGAAGUUAAUCCGUUUUUAUCCCCAAGUGGUAAUACGUUGCAAUUAAAGUGUAAAAAGUCUGAGGGUUUUUGUAAUUUAAAAAUUGAAUAUGAAAAUAAAAUCAGGACUCGAUAUGAAACGUAUGAGAUUAGGUGGGAAAAGGCCGUCUUGUUCAUCAGCAAUACACUUGAUGAUAUCACGGUAGAGGUUUGCGGCGAGUUAUCG